CCCGGAGCAGGCGAGGGGCAGCAGUAGAAUUGCCCCUGCUAAACAUCCGGGUGCUGCUUAGACUGCGCAGACUCCGCGCUGCAGCUGCGUUUCCGUGUUAGCUGGGGGGGAGAGAGAAGGGAAACAGCCUGGCAGAGCGAGAAAGCAGAGGAGACGCAGCGGGACACGGAGUCGGGAAAGACAGCACUGAGACGCCGCAGCCAAAUAACAAUCAGACAGAGAGUCAUCUCUGGAAAACUCGUCAGCGAUCGCUACCUGAGCACUGACGACCAAAUAUUCUGACAUGGAGAAUGCAGUGACAACACACUUUAACAUGUGAGAUUUACAGAGUAAAACAGAAGAGAGCGAGUGUGUGGCUGUUCCCCCUGUCCGUUUAUUGGUGAUCUCCUUUUUGUGGUUCAUCAUCGUCUCUGUGUUUUUGGGGGAAAAAUGAAGAAGUUUAACAUCAGGAAGGUGUUGGACGGCCUGACGGCGGUGUCCUCCUCCUCCGCAUCUCCUCAACCUGGAAACCGGGAGAAUGAUUUGAUCCAGGAGACCCUCCAAUCCGAGCAUUUUCAGCUCUGUAAGACGGUCCGACAUGGUUUCCCCUACCAACCGUCGUCAAUGGCUUUUGACCCCGUGCAGAAAAUCUUGGCCAUUGGGACCCAGAAUGGAGCUCUGAGGCUCUUCGGACGUCCUGGGGUGGAAUGCUACUGCCAGCAUGACAGUGGGGCCGCCGUCAUCCAGCUGCAGUUCCUGAUCAAUGAGGGAGCGCUGGUGAGCGCCCUGGCGGACGACAGCGUUCACCUCUGGAACCUGAGGCAAAAGCGACCCGCCAUCCUCCAUUCCCUCAAAUUCAACAGAGAGAGGAUAACAUUUUGCCACCUGCCUUUCCAGAGUAAAUGGUUGUAUGUCGGCACAGAGCGAGGAAAUAUUCACAUCGUGAAUGUGGAGUCCUUCACCCUCUCAGGCUACGUCAUUAUGUGGAACAAAGCCAUCGAACUAUCCUCUAAGGCCCACCCAGGACCCGUCGUCCACAUAAGUGAUAAUCCGAUGGAUGAAGGAAAGCUUAUAAUUGGAUUUGAGUCUGGGAUAGUGGUGUUGUGGGACUUGAAAUCAAAGAAAGCCGACUACCGCUACACUUACGAUGAGGCGAUCCACUCAGUGGCCUGGCACCAUGAAGGGAAGCAGUUCAUCUGCAGUCACUCGGAUGGCACUCUGACCAUAUGGAACGUAAAGUCCCCCGCCAAGCCUGCACAGACAAUCACACCGCACGGAAAGCAGCCCAAGGAUGGAAAGAAGCCAGAGCCUUGCAAGCCCAUUCUGAAAGUGGAGUACAAAACAACCAGAGCCGGAGAUCCGUUCAUGAUCCUGUCUGGAGGCCUGUCGUACGACACGGUGGGAAGAAGGCCGUGCCUCACUGUUAUGCAUGGAAAGAGCACCGCUGUUCUAGAGAUGGACUACCCCAUCGUGGACUUCCUAACGCUCUGUGAAACGCCAUAUCCAAAUGAUUUCCAGGAACCUUAUGCUGUAGUUGUCCUUCUUGAAAAGGAUUUAGUAGUUAUUGAUCUUGCACAAAAUGGUUACCCAAUAUUUGAGAACCCAUACCCACUCACCAUUCAUGAGUCUCCAGUGACGUGCUGCGAAUAUUUCGCCGACUGCCCUGUGGAUCUCAUACCUGCACUUUACUCUGUUGGCUCCAGACAGAAGCGGCAAGGCUAUAGUAAAAAGGAAUGGCCUAUAAGCGGAGGUAACUGGGGUCUUGGUACACAGAGCUACCCGGAGAUCAUUAUCACAGGGCAUGCAGAUGGGUCAGUGAAAUUCUGGGAUGCUUCUGCAAUAAUGCUCCAAGUACUGUACAAGCUGAAGACAGCCAAGGUGUUUGAGAAGGCUCGGAAUAAAGAGGAUAAGCCCAACACGGACAUUGUGGACGAGGACCCCUUCGCCAUCCAGAUCCUGUCCUGGUGCCCGGAGAGCCGGAUGCUGUGUGUGGCGGGAGUCUCCGCCCACGUCAUCGUCUACAGGUUCAGCAAACAGGAGGUGAUGACUGAGGUGGUACAGCUCCUGGAGGUGAGGCUGCAGUAUGAGCUGAAUGACAUGGAGUCUCCAGACGCGGGAGGGGAGCAACCUCCGGCUCUGCCCACCCCGGGAGCCACCUCCAGCCCGCAGGCCAGUGCCCCCCAGUCCCACCCCUCCACCAGCAGCAGCUCCUCCGACGGCAUCCGGGACAACGUGCCCUGCCUGAAGGUCCGCAGCACUCCUCUCAAGCAGUCGCCGGGGUACCAGGUGGAGCUCGUCGUUCAGUUGGUGUGGGUCAGUGGGGAACCACCGCAGCAGAUCACCAGCCUGGCCGUCAACUCUUCCUAUGGCCUUGUGGUUUUCGGCAACAGCAAUGGCCUAGCAAUUGUCGAUUACCUUCAGAAGACUGUCCUGUUGAACCUGGGAACGAUCGAGCUGUACGGGUCAAACGACCCCUACCAGAGGCAGCCACGGUCCCCUCGCAAAACCAGACAGCCGUCUGGAGCAGGUCUGUGUGACAUUAGCGAGGGAUCCACCACUUCAGAAGACCGCUGCAAAUCCCCAACUUCAGACGCAGCCUCACCCUGCAGUUCCGAUGGUGACCAUAAACAGCCUAAUUUUAUAGAGAAGGUGAAGAACAAAAGCCGAAAGUUUUCCAAGACAGUUGUGAGUGACAUAGCAAAGAUGUCACGGAAAUUAAGCUUGCCUACUGAGCUAAAGCCAGACUUGGACAACAGGGACAACUCCUUCAGCCGCUCACGGAGCUCCAGCGUGACCAGCAUCGACAAGGAGUCCCGCGAGGCCAUCACCGCCUUCCACUUCUGCGAGACGUUCACCCGCAAGACGGACAGCGCCACCACGCCCAGCCUGUGGGUGGGCACCUCGCUGGGCACCGUGCUGGUGAUUGCCCUCAACCUGCCGCCCGCCGGUGAGCAGAGGCUGCUGCAGCCCGUCAUCGUGUCGCCCAGCGGCACGUUGAUAAGGCUCAAGGGGAGCAUCCUUAGAAUGGCCUUCCUGGACGCGACGGGGUCGUUCCUCCCCCCGGCCUACGAGCCGUGGUACGAGCCCAACGCCCCGGACGACCGGGACGAGAAGGACAAGGUGAGGAAGCGGCGGCCGGUGUCGGUGUCCCCCUCGUCGUCUCAGGAAAUGAACGAGAACCAGUACGCGGUCAUCUGCUCGGAGAAGCAGGCCAAGGUCAUCGCGCUGCCCUCGCAGACCUGCAUCUUCAAACACAACAUCACGGAGACGUCCUUCGUCCUGCGGGCCGACGUCGUGCAGAUGAGCAACGGCAUCUGUGUGGCCUGCUUCUGCGCCAACGGCCACAUCAUGACUCUAAGUUUGCCAGGCCUAAGACCACUAUUGGAUGUAAAUUACCUGCCCCUGACUGACAUGCGGAUAGCUAGAACUUUCUGCUUCACCAACAAUGGGCAGGCCAUGUACCUGACCUCCCCCACGGAGAUCCAGCGAAUAACCUACAGCCAGGAAACAUGUGAGAACCUACAGGAGAUGCUGGGAGAACUGUUUACGCCGGUGGAAACGCCUGAGGCUCCCAACAGGGGCUUCUUCAAGGGCCUCUUUGGGGGAGGUGCCCAGUCCCUGGACCGGGAGGAGCUCUUCGGGGAGUCGGUGGCCGGGAAGGCCUCACGAAGCCUCGCCCAGCACAUCCCCGGCCCGGGCGGAAUUGAGGGCAUGAAGGGGGCAGCCUCGGGCGUGGUGGGCGACCUGGCCCGCGCCCGGAUAGCGCUGGACGAGAGAGGGCAGAAACUUAGCGAACUGGAGGAGAGGACAGCAGCCAUGAUGGCCAGCGCAGACUCCUUCUCAAAGCACGCACACGAUAUGAUGCUAAAGUGCAAAGACAAGAAGUGGUACCAGUUCUGAUCUUAAGAGCCAAAGGGACUCGGCGGUAAUGUACACAGCUUCAUCUGGAAGAUACUUGCCCUUCUCCCUCCCCCCAUUUAUUUCUGCUGGACAAGGGGAAUUCAUCUCGGAGGACUGCUGUUUCCUAGCACAAUAUCCUACACUGUAUUACCUCAGUCACACGGCUUUAACUGAGGAGCAGACUGGGAAAAAAUAUCUAAAACAAUUCAAAAGGAAAAAAAAAUUACCUUGAAGGUGUCUUUUUUUUGUU